AUGGGGGGACGCAAGCACACGUCGCGCCUGGUGUUCGCCAUCUUCUUCUUCAUCGGCAUCGGGUCGUCGCUGCCGUGGAACGUGUUCAUCACUGCGCAGGCCUACUUCCAGCGCCGGCUGGCGGGCACCUCGUACGAGGACUCGUUCCUCAACUGGUUCAGCAUGGCCUUCAACGUGAGCACGCUCAUGACGAUGCUCAUCCGCACGGCCGUCAUCGCGGAGCGCAUGGCAGGGGCCGUGCGCACCGUCUUCUUCUCGCUCAUCGUCAUCAUGGGCGUCAUCUUCGUGCACUGCGCCUGGACGCGCAUGCCCGAGUUCAACGGCUAUUCGUUCUUCCACACGACCAUGAUGAGCAUAUUGCUGGUGGCUUGUGCGUCGACGCUCAUGCAGGAAGGACUGCUUCGCAUUGUGGCGACAUUCCCGCCGCAAUACACGCAGGCGGUGGUGAGUGGGCAGAGCUUUGCUGGACUGGCGGUCUCGCUGUCGAAUUUCGUCAUUCUGUGGGCGGGUGAAGACGACACGAGGCUGUUUCACGGCCUUCAUGCCAAUGCGGACCUGUGCGCGUUUCUGUACUUCGUGCUGGUGUUCAUCACGCUCGUGCUGUGUCUGCUGGCGUUCGCGGUUUUGACGCGGAUGGCGCUGUUCCGCCAUUACCAGAGUGUCGACCACCCAGGCCACCACCAGAAGGAGUACUUUGACGACGCGUCGAGUGAGGCAGAGACCGUGGACACACUGAACCCCUCCCCACGGAAGCGAUUGCUCGACGAGGAAGAUGGCGGCGAAGGAGGUGGGGAGAGCAAGGCGGACAUGAUGGAGGUCGCGUUCAAGAUCAGAUCCUACGCAGCCGCGACGUUCUUCAUCUUUAUCGUGACACUGGGCGUCUUCCCCGGCAUCACUUCGGCGAUCAAGUCCGUGCACCCAGACAAGGGCCUCUUCUUCGACAAGUUGUUCACGCCGUUCACGCUCAUCCUGUUCAACACGUCGGAUUUCGUGGCGCGUCUGUCCGCGUCGUGGUGGCCCGAGCUGGGCCAGAAGAAGGUGCUGCUGGCCAGCUUGGCUCGACUGGUCUUCUUCCCGCUGCUGAUGCUGUGCAACCUGCAGAACAAGUCGCACGAGGUCAUCACGACGGUGCUCUUCCGCAGCGACGCUCUGGCCAUGCUGUUCAUGGCCGGCUGCGCCUUCUCCAACGGACUGUUGUGCACACUGGCGUUCAUGGAGUACCCCAACCUCCUCCGCAAGAACGCAGAGAAGGAGUUGGGCGGCAGCAUCAUCUUCUUCGUGCUGUCGAUCGGCCUCACCGCUGGCUCGCUCAUGAGCUUUGUGCUGCGCGCCAUGUUGAAGCCAUAA